AUGGGAAAGUUAGACAAUAAAAUUGCUUUGAUUACUGGUGGCUCCGAAGGUAUUGGUUUGGCCACUGCUCAACGUUUUAUUGCUGAAGGUGCCGAACAUGUUUUUAUUACUGGACGUCGACAACAAGCACUCGAACAAGCUGUGAAAAAAAUCGGCAAAAUUAAUAUUACUGCAGUGCAAAGUGAUGCAUCAAAUAUGAAUGAUCUUGAUAAAUUGUUCGAUAUCAUUAAGAAAGAGAAAGGUCGUCUAGAUAUAAUAUUUGCCAAUGCAGGUACUUGCUUGGUUGCACCACUCGGAACAAUUACUGAAAAACAUUUUGAUGAUACUUUUAAUGUUAAUUCCUGGAGCGAUGAUACACCUUUACUAAGAAGUCUUGGAAAAGAUGAAGAAGAAACGAAAACUCUUAUGGCCGAAUGGCAAGCAGCUGCACCAUUGAAUCGUAUUGGAACGCCCGAUGAAGUUGCUAAAGUCGUAGUUUUUCUAGCCUCGAAUGAUAGCAGUUUCAUUACUGGUGUUGAACUUUUUGUCGAUGGUGGAUUGUCACAAAUCUAA